AUGAUCUCCGAUUACGUGAAUAAUGGACAAUUGAUUAACAGAAAUGAAUUUGACAAAGGAUUGUCUCAAAAAAUGCGCGAGGUUUUGCCACCGAUGUUGAUGAAGCACGAUUUAUUACUUUCAUCUAAUAAUUUCGCGUCUCAUACCUGCGUUUAUUUUGAUUUUUCAAUUAAACAUAAAGUUAUUGGUCGAAUGGUAUUCAAGCUUUACAAUAAUGUACCACAAACAACAGAAAAUUUUCGAAGUUUGUGUGUUGGUGACAAGCAUUUAUGUUAUGUUGGUAGUAAAUUAACUCAUGUCUUUCCCCAAUAUUUAAUUCGAGGAGGUGAUAUAACGAAUUUCGAUGGUUCGGGUGGUGAAUGUAUUUAUGGGAAAACAUUUGCUGAUGAAAAUUUUAACAACAAACAUUCCAAACCCGGAAGUGUCACUGGUCGACCUAAAACAGAUAUCAUGAUCGUCGAAUGUGGAACAACCAAUGAAAACUAA